UUUUUCUAUGUUUUUCAGAGCGGUAAAUGUCAUGCUUGCGCCGUCGGUCGCUUUCCAUGAUUAAAAUUCUGCAUAUCGCGGUAUAAGCGCCGAUAAUUCCAGCAUAUAUUGCUGUAGUAGUGUAGCUGUACAUAUGCGGUAUAUACGAUGUAUGCUGUAUAUAUGUGUCACGCACAGUUUAUCAAUGUAACCGCGGUCGCAAGAAUCGCGAUAUAAUUUACAGCAAAGGCGGCUUUAAUCUAGAUUAGAUCUACAGUUCUUCUGCAAUAGCAGACCUUCCUUUUUUUGAACCCGUAUGCGUAGAUACUGAUUAUCAUGUAUAAAUUUAGGAGGAAUAUGUUCUGCUCUCUGUAUCGCGAUGCGGUGUGGGCUUAUCAGGAAAUUUUGAUGGAAGCCAUGGUGGUUCUGUGGUUAGGCUGUCAUUUGUCGCUGAAGUUCGGGACACGGUUCUUUCCGGACUGGAAGGAUACCCGCGUGGACCCCGACAAGCGGACCGAUUUGGAUCGCUUGCUUCACCUGCUCGGCGGAUAUGAGAUGAACGGCUGCGUAUGGGACGACAUCGUUUCCACCUGGAAGCCGUUCUUCGAAAUUCCCGUUUCUCAAGACACCCCGUCCGUCGCCGUAAGCACUGGUCGCGCCACCUUCGCAAUAUGCGGAACCAUGACCUUAGUGGGCGUCACCUGCAUCUUAGCACUAUCCCUUCUAGCGUCCCUGGCGGUUAACAUGUUCUGGCGGCAUCCCGCGUGGAAGCAACAUCUCCCCUACUGUCAGCGCAUCACCGCGUUCUUCGGGUAUGACCCAUACACCCUCCACCCGAUGGAUGGAUGUAUCGAUCCCCACAUGUCUCUUAUCCAGUUUUGGCUGCGCAACAUUAUUCUGAUCAUCAUCGACGUUGUGUGCUUCGUCUGGGUGUGGUUGGUCUUCUGUGCGUUGCCGAUGGUGGCUGUGGCGGGAACCGUUGUGGCGGUGAUGGGUAACAUUGUGGGUCAGGCCGCUGUUUUUCCCUGUUGUAUCGUCGGCGUUUGUCUCUUGACGCUCCACUGCACGGGACGGAUUUGGGGGUUCUGGAUGCCGGGGACUUACAUGGCGUAUAUUCGAAAAAUAUGCCGACGGCUUCCAAACCGUCGGGGUCGCGCCUUGAAGUUGCCAGCGUUGGACAAGACGCCGAGUGCUCUGGACACUCCGCCACCAUCACGCGCUGUCCCUGCCGGAAAACUGGAAGAUGAUGAGCAGUUUCUGUUAAAUAUAAUAAAAUUUGUUGCCAUCCUGUCGGGUCUCACGGCUGCGGCGAUCAACAGUUUCUGUAUGCUGCAGCGAUUCCCGCGCGCUGCCAGCGCUCUGGCGGCAGUGGAAUCGGCACCAUCCGGCAACUGGAGCUACUGGAUUUACCUCAAAUGUACUGAAUGCUGCAACAAUUAUGCAACGGGUAUGCAAGACACCACAGCGAUGCUGUCGUACUGGGUGGAUCUGGGAUAUCCGCGGUUUGAGACCGACAGUCCGUCUAUUCUACAGCUGUUCGCCUCUACAUUCUCCUCCACCGUGGACAGUUUACUCUUUGCCUGGAACUCUACGUUGCUCUUCAUGGGGCUUCUGCCAUUUAUUAUCAUGUUCUGCAUAGACAUUUGGGGUGUGGUUUCGUGUAUAUGGGACAGCUGUUGUUCGGCAAAGUACUCUGCAGUGCCAGCGGCCGGCAAAAACAACCCCGAAAAUUCUCCGGUACCGGAUUGCUGCAAGGAAGGCCCAUGUCGCGCCGGGUCAUUCUGCGUAUGCGCCUUCUGGGCGGAUAUCCAGCGUUCCUUCCUGGCCAUUCUGACCCAAUAUCUGUUCUGGAUUUACCUGCCGUUUCCUCUGGUGGAGCUCUUCCGUCCGGAACGGCUGCAACUGGUCGAUAUUCUUCUGAUUUUAAGCGGCCGCACGCUGUGGGCCUACGCCCUGUUCAUCCACUGGGCCUGGCAGAUGAACCGUCGCCGGCGGGACCAGGUCAACCGCGUGCCCAAGGAGUGCAAGUCCUGCUGAAACCGGGAACGUUGCCGUCUUCAUCCCCUUCUUUCACGAGACUGUUUAUCAUUGUCUUUUAGGCAGUUUUUACAGCUUGCAAUGCAAAGCUUUCUAAUGGGAUUCACUGCGAUUAUUUAUUGCCCUCCGCCUACUGUUCCACCUGCACACAUUUCAAAGCACUGGUGAACUGCGAACGUGUAAUUAAUUUGUAUAGAUUUUUGCUUGAAAUUAUGUAUCAGGAGAUUUUUAAUUUAUGUAUCAGGAGAUAAUUCACGACAUUCAUUUCUGUCAGUAAA